UUAGCUGAUUUUCCCACCUUGAAACAGGUUAAGCAAGUGUACCAUCAUGUAUCACGCUUUACCCGCAUGUAAACCAAGCCGCACCUUACAGCUGUGAAUAAACUUUGUGCCUAUAUGCCUGAAGGCAUCGUCUGAUGGGUUUAGACGAGGUUAUAUCAGCAUGUUGCUAACAUUGAUUUUGUUCGCAUCUCUCUUUCAUUGAAGAUGGUUUUACCAAACAGAUUUCUUAACGCAUAUACAGUCGGUUGUUUGUUGUUCUCUGUGUUUUGGUUAAUAGCUUGUAAAUACCCAGGCCGAUCAACCAUCUCUGUUGGUUUUGAGAACAAUAAAGCGAGACCAAAGCCAAGCAAUCCACAGCAGAAGCAGCGUUAUGAGAACUACCACAGAAGGAUAACCAUAACUGAUGUACAAUGCAAGAAAGGGUCGAAAUGGGAUUCGUUCAGAGUAUGCGAUGGCUUGCCCUACAAUAAAAUAGUUUGCAGAAAGGCGAGCAAAAGAGACGACAAAGAAAGCACGUAUGUUGUACCAAACGUUGUUCAUUAUGUUUGGUUCGGUAAACGUGAGAUGGUUUAUUAUCAUUAUCUGUCAGUUCGCUCAGUGGCUGCUAACCAGCAACCGGAGAAAAUUAUAUUUUACAUCAACGAAGGACCACCGCAAGGUCAUCUAUGGAAGAGACUGGUAGAUGAAAUUCCAUGUCUUGAAACCCAGUAUAUGGAAAUGCCUGAGACUGUGUUCGGACAUAAAAUGGAAUGGAUUCUUCACAAAACAGACGUAGCCAGGAACAACAUAUUGAUAAAGCAAGGUGGAAUAUAUUUGGACUCGGAUGUUUUAGUUUUACGUUCCUUAGAUCCACUACGUCGUUAUCCUUUUACAAUGGGCAGAUCUACAGCUACGACUUUAAGCAAUGGAGCAAUGCUGUCUAAACCAAAUUCAAUAUUUUUGCAAGACGUGAUCGACUCUUAUAAGGGGCUUACACAGGAAAUGAUUAAACACCACAAAACAAUAAUCUCCGUCCAAAGACCCCUCCAACAGUGGAAGACGAGACCUGAUUUACCGAUCCACGUCGAACUAACCACAAUGCAGCGACCUAAUCCUUGGUACGACGGUCGAGAUUGCAUUUCAUACGACUCGUUCAAUAUAUCAGAUAACUACAUGCUUCAUAUACAUCCCGUUAAAAGUGCGAUCAAGAACCCUGAAAUCGUGAACGAAACAGUUGCAACAUUACGAACGACAGAUACAACAUACGGUGCUGCAGCAAGAGCUGCUUUGUUCGGAUUUCAAGACUUGGUUUUUUUAAAAAACGAGACGAAAACGGCGAAGAACAGACGUCCAGCAAAACCUAUACCUCCAAUUGUUGAUAUAUGAGAUUUUUAAUCAAGUUUAGUCAAUGCCGGACUUUUAAGUGACAUGGGUAUUCCCAGUGCUUUAAAAUAGCUUAUCCACGUCGCGCGAAUCGAGCACCAAUUGUAUAACAACUUAUUGCAAAUGAGUUUAAUUUAUUAAUGCGAAAGUUUACUUGAAUAAAACUACCUAAAGUGGUUUCAA